CAAGAAGAAGAAAAAAACACAUAGAUCCCAACCGGUCAUCUAGUGUGCUCUCGAAGUACAAGUUUGAAAGAAAAAAAGAAGAAGCGUGCUUUCGCUUUGAGGAGGAGAGACAGGAAACUAAGUUGGAGGGACAUUCGCCUCUCCCUCUGUGCCGCCGCAGCAUCAAACUCAUCUGCGAAGAUGAUUAAACGGGUUGAUUCAAUCAAGGCGCAACUUUUUUAUUAUUAUUAGUGUAAUGCAAGUGAAAGCCAAAAUUUAAGACUUUGUGUAUUGAGGCUGUAGUGGGGCGAUAGAAGUUAAGUUUUUUUUUUAUUAUUAUUAUUUUUUAUGGUUAUGCCCUGCCACCGUGUGCCAGCCUGCACUCCACCCGGCGGACAGCGCCCUGGGCUCCGGGGUUAGAUGGUGCUGAUCACGGAGGACAGGGAUGGAGGAGGCGCCUCGUCGCUCCGCGUCAAACAGCUGCCGCCGCAGCAGAAAAAAGUUGGGGCCAACGUCGGCUUCGGACACCCGACGAUAACCGAGGAGCCCCUGUCCAACUCCGAGGAGGACUACCUGGGCUCCUGCGGCGACGAGGACGGCGAAGACGACGACGAGGGCAGCGAGGAAGACGGCGAUGAGUUCGAGGAGGUGGACUUUGAGGACUUGGAGGACUGCCGGAGCAUCGCGUCGGACGACUCCUUCUACCCGCCGGACGACGUGUUCGCGGACUCGGAGCGCAGCCCGUCCCCGGAGAGCCCCGAGCCGCUGUCCUUCUUCAGGGCGUGCUGCACCAACAACGCGGCCGUCGUCCGGAUAAUGAUACGACACGGCGUGAAGGAAGAGGAGGUCAAGGAGACUGACCGCAACCACAGGAUAGGGCUGCUGGUGGCGUGCUACCAGGGUUUCGUGGACGUCGUCAUAGCGCUGUCUCAGUGUCCGUACCUGGACGUCAACUGGCAGGACAGCGAGGGAAACACGGCCCUCAUCACCGCGGCGCAAGCAGGUCACAUCACGAUCACCAACUAUCUGCUGAACUACUACUCCGGGCUGGACGUCGAAAGGAGGAACUGUCUGGGCUUUACCGCUCUGAUGAAAGCGGCCAUGCAGGGCAGGGUGGAUUGCGUGCGCUCGCUCAUGAUGGCGGGAGCUUCCCUGGAUGCCAGGGACUUUGGUCGGAACCUGACUCCCAGGGAAUGGGCCUUGUUCACGGGUCGUUACGAAACUGCCUGGGUGAUGACGCGUCUCAUGGAUCGGCCCUAUCCCUUCCAGUACUGUGAUACAUACAGUCUAGAGUGGCCCCCGCUGGCGUCCCUUGUUGCCAGAGCCCAGGAGCCCCGCGGCUGUCUCAAGCGCCUCUCGGACACGGUGCGUAACGUCUUCAACAUCGCAAACGUCACCAACCCGGAGGACGAAGGCGUUAUCGACCACCUGGUGUCUGUUACUACUGCCAUGAGAAGCCCUUUCAUCGCUGUGGCGUGCCGUACCGUGUGUCCUGACAGUCCUCCGAGCGUGGGCAAACGUCACUACGCAGUCCCAGAGAUCGUCCGCAAGCAGCGUGCCAAAGAGCUCCUGAGCGCCAACCCCGACAGGGUGGACGGCCACCUCAAACUUUUCGAAAACUCUCGGGUCACCCUGGUGGCCAAGAACUCGGACAAACGCCGGUCGAGCCUUCAGGUCCAGAAAGCGGCGCCUCGACACAGGAGCUCUAGCCUGGUUGCCCAGAGCCAGGCGCUGGAGCUGCGACGGACCAGCCUGCUGCCGCUGCACAUGGUGCUGCGGAGGAGCAGCGUCAGGCCGGGCCUGAGCAUCCCCAAGGUGAGGAUCUCAAAGGCCCCCUCUACCACCUACGAACCGGAGCCGAUCAGGAGGAAAAGCAGCGCCAAGGACGCGGCCGGGGUGAACCUGCUGCAGAUCCCCAAGUGGCGCUACAAGGAGCUGAAAGAAGAGCGAAAGAGGGCAGAGGAAGCGGAGAGGAAGAGGCUGGAGGCUGUUACUAGGAAACACAUCACAGCGGGGAAGAGGAAAUGAUUACACGUACCUCAGGGAAGUUCUUCGAAGUUCUCACAACUACAGCGGGACGGGUCAGGAAGCUAGAGCGGUUUGGAUGGACUACGUCGGAUCAAACAGGCUGUUCAUCGAGACAAUUCACACUACUUAUGAGAGCUUUAUCACGCGGUGGGGAGUCAGAGACUUACCCAGAGGAGCGGACACUUUAUUUAUUUUCUAAUAUUUAUUGCUUUUUAAUGGAUGGCCAACACUUUGUUUUGCUGAGCUCCGAUGCUCACUUCAGCGGUGCACUUUUAGUUGGGUACACUGCGCAAGCGAAGCCUUGAAGAGGCGAAAACCCUGUUGCUGCCGCAGCAACGCGAGAAGCACAUUCAUCUCCUUCUGCCUCGGAGGAGGAAUCGUCUGGAUGACAAUAUUCUGGAAUCACGUCUUUGAAACAUUUACUGAUAGGCGUCCCGUAUUGGCUGAGAAUAUUAAACACGAAUAUGGGAUCUAAAUGCAUUUGCAACAUAGAUAUAAUUUUUAGAAUGCUUACUGCUUUAAAGCCUUAGUCUGAAUGUAUUUUGAAUACAUACAUAUAUAUAUAUAGAGAGAUAUAUACAUAGAUAUAUUUUUUAUACUAGAGAUUUGAUUGCUUUUGGAAUGUAUUUUUAUUCUACGAGGACUUUGUUCAGCAAACCUGUUUGUAAACAAUUGUGAAUUUUUUUUCUAGUUUUUUGACAUUUGAGUCCAAGACAGAAAUACAGAAGAAAAACCCCCAACAACUUUAAAACAGUAAGAUCAGAAGAAAAAUGUUCACAUUCCUCAAGUUUACAAGACAAAACCAAAUGGAUGUCGCUGAUAAACUAUUAUGCAAUGACAGAUGCUGUAUGUGAAAUUGGUGUCUAUACAGGGUAUGGAUGAUGUGAAAUAAACACCUGCGCUCCCUUUGA